AUGAGAACACCCACAUCGCCGCCCUCAUCAAAGUUCCCCGUCUUCGACCCUCACGAGAAGCCAGACCGAUACAAGUUUAAGCCCAAGAGGCAAGGCAUUAUUGGCAGGAUGAAGGAGUCUUGGAUGACACAGUCCCAGCGGACGAGGUGGAUUAAGACUGUCGCCAUCGUUUUUGCGAUUGUUACCCUCUUCUACUUCAUCUCCCCCAAGGGUGUUGAAGUGUAUCACGAAGUCACUCACCCUGCGCAGGGCAACAAUGGCCAGUCCCCCUCAGACUCUUCCUAUGGUACCGAUCGAUGCACAAAGUCUUACUCCAAGGACAAGCCCAUUGUCCAGUAUGUUCUCAUGAUCGAUGCCGGCAGCACUGGUUCGCGAAUCCACGUAUACAAGUUCAACAACUGUCGUGAUACCCCCGAGCUUGAGCACGAAGAGUUCAAGAUGACCGAGAAGGAUGUCGGUGGCCUCAGCAAGUAUAACGGCGACCCUGUGGCCGCUGCCAAGAGUCUCGAUCCCCUCAUGAAGGUCGCUAUGGAUACCGUUCCCAACGCCCUCAAGGGCUGCACUCCCGUCGCAGUAAAGGCCACCGCUGGUCUUCGAAUGAUUGGCAAAGAAGCUUCCGAUGCUAUUCUUGCCGAAGUCCGACGACACCUCGAGCAGGAUUACCCCUUCCCUGUCGUUGACAAGGAGAACGAAGGCGUUGUUAUCAUGGACGGUUCUCUCGAGGGUGUUUAUGCUUGGAUCACUACCAACUACCUUCUAGGCAAGAUUGGUGGUCCCGAUAAGAGCGAGACUGCCGCUGUCUUUGAUCUUGGUGGUGGUUCUACUCAGAUCGUUUUCGAGCCCACUUUCAAGGGCGCUGCUCACGGUGGAAUGCCCGAGAAGCUUGCUGAGGGUGACCACAAGUACGAUCUCGACUUCGGCGGUCGUCACUUCGAGCUCUACCAGCACUCUCACUUGGGCUAUGGUCUGAUGGCUGCCCGCAAGGCCAUCCAUGGUGCUCUCAUCAAGGAUAUCGAGUCUAAGAAUACCGACAAGGCCUGGGUCAAGCAACCCAUUGUCAACCCCUGCAUUGCCCCGGGCAUGAACAAGACUGUUGAAGUUACUCUUGAAGGCAGUGAGGAGCCUGUUGAGGUUACCUUUGUUGGUCCCUCGCAGCCUGCUCCCGCUCAGUGCCGAAACCUCGCUGAGAAGAUUCUCAACAAGGAUGAGGACUGCAAGCUCGCUCCCUGCUCUUUCAACGGCAUUCAUCAGCCCCUGCUUUCCAAGACCUUCACCAAGGAGGAUGUCUACAUCUUCUCCUACUUCUUCGACCGCACCAAGCCCCUUGGUAUGCCCGACUCGUUCACUCUUCGUGAGAUGCACGAUCUUACCCAGACUGUCUGCAUGGGCAAGUCUGGCUGGGAUGUUUUCACCACCAUCCCUGAUGCUAUGGCCGAGUUGGAUGGCCGACCUGAGUGGUGCCUGGACCUCAACUUCAUGAUGGCCCUCCUCCAUAGUGGUUACGAAAUGCCCAUUGACCGCGAGGUUAAGAUUGCCAAGAAAAUCAAGGGCAACGAGCUCGGCUGGUGCCUUGGCGCCAGUUUGCCUCUUCUUGCUGGUGGUUCCGGCUGGUCUUGCAAGGUCAACCAGAUUGCUUAA